AUGUACUUAUUAGGAAUAGACUUUGAACUGCUAACAGAUCAUAAGCCCCUGGAAUACAUUUAUUCCGAAAGGUCAAAGCCUUCUGCCAGAGUAGAGAGGUGGGUUCUCAGGUUACGACCCUACCAUUUUACAGUUAAGUACAUUCCUGGGCCCAACAACAUAGCAGAUGCCCUGUCCCGCCUUACAAAGGACGCUUCAAUGAACAAGAGGAACAAGACGGAAGAGUAUGUUUGUUUCGUAGCAGCUAAUGCAACUCCAGCAGCCAUAAGCAUGGAAGAAAUUAAGAAGGAAUCUGCAGAAGACAAAGAAUUAAAAGAGCUGCGAAAAUGCAUUCUCUCGGAUGCAUGGGAGACCUGCCCUGCAGCUUACAAGUCUGUCAGACAUGAACUCUGUGUUUGUGGACACUUGAUAUUGAGAGGAACCAGACUAGUCAUCCCAGCGAAAUUGUGGAUGCAAGUUGUAGAGCUAGGCCAUGAGGGACACCAAGGGACAGUAAAGACGCUUAAGGUCCAAAUCAGUUUACCAAGUCCACCAGAACCUGUCAAGACCAUAAAGCUGCCGACCGAACCGUGGCAGGAUGUUGCAGCCGACCUGUUAGGUCCAAUGCGAACAGGGGAACACUUGUUAGUUGUUGUAGACUAUUUUACUCGUUUCUAUGAAGUUGUGAUUAUGAACUCUGUUACAGCUAACAGUAUUAUCAAAGCACUGGAACCUAUCUUCGCCGGAUAUGGUUAUCCGCUGUCUAUCAAAACUGAUAAUGGGCCCCAGUUUGUGGCAGAAACGUUUGAAACCUACUUAAAGCAGAAUAGUAUAGAGCACAGGAGGUCGACACCUUACUGGCCUCAAGCAAACGGGGAAGUGGAAAGACAAAACAGAAGCCUGCUGAAAGCUAUGAAGAUUGCCAAGUCUCAAGGAAAGGACUGGAGACAAGAAAUCAACGCCUAUCUGUUAGCGUAUAGGACAACGCCUCACUCGACAACCGGAACGAGUCCAGCGGAGCUGAUGUUUGGGAGGAACAUUCAUUCAAAGAUUCCCGAUAUUCGUCGCUACAAUAGCGAAACAUACCAGGAAGUAAGAGAUAAGGAUGCUGAAAUGAAGCAGAAGAAUAAAGAUUACGUUGAUGUGAAGAGGCAUGCUAAGGAAAGUAGCAUUAAAGUCGGAGACAAGAUCCUCCUGGAGCAGACAAAACAGAAUAAGUUAAGCACUAACUAUGAACCUGUGCCAUAUGAAGUCAAUGGAAAAUUUGGAAACCAAGUUCUUGUCAAGUCUCAGGAUGGAGUUGAACACAAGCGCAACACAUCACAAAUGAAGCUCCUAAAGGAAGAGACAAAGGAGGUAAAGCCGGAGCUGGAAGUACCAGAACUGGCCAUAGAGAAAGCAACGCACACUGCAACUCCAGAGAAUGAAGGAACUACAGUACAACAGAGGCUGAAAAGAGACCGGCGACCACCAGCAUACCUCAAGGACCAUGUGCUAGGACAGUGA